AUGUCUCUUGGACUUCAUCAAUCUGAAUGUUGUGAUAAAGCCAAACGGCUACAGAACAAUGUGAUUCAUCCGUCGUUUUCUGGUGAGUUCAACCAACUAAUCCCCUUGUUUCUGUUCCCUUCAACCGAUUGUUGCGUGCUCAGCGGCUCCAAUGAGUCCCUGCUGUGGCCCUGUGCCACCUCGCUUCCAGCUCAGCCUCUGGAUGGAUCUCAAUUUUCCGCCGCCUUCUCCUCAGCCUCCUCUACUCCUUCACUGAGCGGCAUGGGUCUACGCUCGGUCUCAGCAACCGGAGCCACUUCUAGACAGGCCAAUUCGAACGGCUUUCCUGCUCCUCCCGACAUCAAUUCGUCGUCGAUUUGUCCUAUUAAGCAUCGUCACCAACAGCAUUUGUCUGUGCCAAACAGUGCAAAUGUUGGCCUUCUACCUGUACCCUCGUCGACCGGUGAACCCAAUCUUAGUGAUGCUGCUGACAAUCCUUGCUCCAGCGUUUGCGUUGAUGCGCACUGGAAUGCUGGUGGCAAGGGUGAUGACAGUGUUGGGGAGGGUUGCCGAGCGACCGAUAGGCUCUCACUGAUGAACCAGCAUCAACGGCAGAACCAGCCUCAGCAUAAAUCACCAGCUCAACUGCAACAACACCAAUCGUCC